AUGUCUACUACCACAACUGAAAAUCCGAUUACAAGUAGAACGGUAUCCGUUCUUGCGGACUACGAAUUGCACCACAGCGAGCCGCAAGCCCCCUCCGCGCCGAGCCAAACACCCGUCCAACCUUCAGUCCAACAACCAGCAAAUUGGCCGGUGGAUCAUCUUCGAGUACCUGCUUAUCGACCGAUUAAUCGUAAUCUGGAUUGGAACGAGCGCUCGGCGGGAAGUCACCCAGCUGAAGUGGCUUUCGUUCAGAUCAUGUUGCACGGCGUCUGGAUCAAUGCGGCUGUUUCGCGGCUCUGGCAUAACACAUUAGGACGUGUGAAUGAUAGGAUCUUUCGGUAUGAGGUUGGGGGCGAGUGGUAG